AUGGCUGCAGGCAACACUCCCAGCAGUGAUUCCGGCCUUCAGUCCACUGGGUGGUCUGUUCCCCACGCAGAAAGCCCCUUGGGUCUCCGUUAUACACCUGAGACUCGUGGCAAGGUUCAUCCCAAUUGGAUGUCUGACCCUAUAAAUUGGUUUGCCAGGUGUUUGAUCCCUCUCUUGCUAUAUUCUCCUGGCACGGGGCUGUCCCGAUGCCAGCUUUGUACCAAAACAAACAUCAUUACUAUAAUAAGACCAAAAUGUUGUUAUGCAAAGGGCAAGAAGCCAUGGAGUCUUAAAAAGAAAAUUCUUUGGCAGCUGGGCACCUUGAUUGGUGCUCCAGUGGGGAUUUCUCUCAUUGCUAUCACUUCCAUCCCUACCAUGGCCAUUGGCAUUCCUGUUUAUGUUGGAAGAAAGAUUCACAACAAAAAUGAGAGAAGGAAAUCCUCUAAACACAAGUGGAAUUUGGCCAUCAUAGGAAGAGUGACUUUGUUAAUCAUUGCAUCCCCGGUGAUUGCUGCUGUUCACGCUGGUAUUGGUGCCCCCAUUAUGCUGGCCUAUGUCUACGGGGUUGUGCUCAUUUCUCUCUGUCGUGAAGGUGACUGUGGAGUUAGUACAGCCAAUGGAAAGGGAGUCAAAAUUGAGUUUGACGAAGAUGAUGGUCCAAUCAUAGUGGCAGAUGACUGGCGAGCCCUCAAGAAUGCCAGCAUUGGGGAGAGCAGUAUUGAAGGCUUGACUACUAGUGUGUCAAGCACCAGUGAAAACCCUACAGAUGGACGCAGUGUUGUGCAAGGCCGUGAUAGAGAAACAUCCAGGUUUGCAACCCUCUCAGAUGACUGGAGAAGGUUUCAGGCAGUGAGUGACAAGUGUCAAAGACACAAGGGAUUGGAUUGUCAUAGUGGGAGCACCACUCUGGGUGACACUUGA